AUGCCAACCACUCUGCUGGUCGUCGCUGUCGUCGUCGCGAUCUCAGCCGUCGGCGUCGAAGCUCGUUCGAUCACCCGUGGCGACCACGUCGUCCACACUCCGCUCGGCACGAUUCGCGGUGUCGGACAGGUAAGAAGUCUUUUUCACUCAAUAAAGUCUUUCUUGUUUUUUCUUUGCUUCGAUCUGUUGAUCAAAACGGAGUGAGAGAUUUUCUUCGUGUUAAAAGCUUUGAAAAGACAGAAUUUUCGAAAAUCACGCCGAAUAUUCCUUGAUUUACUGAGUAAAGCCAGAAUUCAAAGUUUUCUUCUAUUUCCAGUCGUUCGACAACGCCAAAGUGUCGGCCUUUCUGGGAGUACCUUACGCCAAGCCUCCUUUAGGCUCGAGGCGAUUCGGGCGACCGGAAAUGAUCGAAAGAUGGACCGGUUAGUGUCAAAACUCAUAUGAUAAAAGGAAAUUCUUUUCAGGCGAGUUAGAAGCACGAUCCCUGGCCAAGACUUGCUAUUUGACCAUCGACAACUCUUUUCCGCAGUUCCCAGGCGCCGAAAUGUGGAAUCCACCAGGCGUUAGUCUCUCUAGUUUUCAUUGGAAACCUUUCUUCUUUCCUUUAGGCAAUUACGGAGGACUGCUUGAACAUGAACAUUUGGGUACCAGAAGAACAUGACGGGUCUGUUAUGGUCUGGAUUUAUGGUGGAGGUGCGUUCUCUUCCAAAUUAAUCAAUAAGAUUCAUUUUUCAGGCUUCUUCAGUGGCUCCCCAUCGUUGGACUUGUAUAGUGGGACGGUGCUUGCGGCCAAGGAGCACACAAUUGUUGUUAAUGUUAAUUACAGGUUUAUUAAUGUUUUUCUAAGUUGAUGAAAGCCUUGUUCACCAUACUUGAAACCGAAAAUUAGAUUUUUUGAAUCUCCAAUAAGUCCUAUGCAAGAUUUAUUCUGCUUUGAAACAAAAACGAAAUCUGAAGACUUUUUUUUAAAUCUUAAAACGAGCUUUAAAUCUGUCAGGCUUGGUCCAUUCGGGUUUCUCUACCUCGGCGACGACUCGCCAGUCCAAGGCAACAUGGGCCUCCUGGACCAGCAGCUCGCUCUCCGUUGGAUCCACGAGAAUAUUGGUAAAUCUCUUAUCAGUCGAUUAUCAUCAAUCAAUAAUAACCAGGUGCCUUCGGUGGCGACCGGAGCCGAGUGACGCUGUUUGGUGAAUCCGCCGGCUCAGCAUCUGUCACGGCUCAUUUAUUUGCUCCGAAUUCCCAUAACUACUUCCAGAACAUCAUUGCAAAGGUUUAAUCAGAAAAAAGGCGAAGAAUAUCGACUUCUUUCAGAGCGGCGCCAUCCUGAACAGCUGGGCAAGUGCCACGCCGAAUAAAAUGUUGGAAUUGUCGCUCAAACUGGCGAAACGGGUCAACUGCAGCGGCGGCGUGGAGCAGGUCACCAAAUGUUUAGCACUAGUGCCGGCGCAUAUCGUUCAGGUGAGGAUCUGGAUGGAAUCAUGGUUUCUCAUAUAUCGGUGCCUAAAAAUAGCUUUUUGAAACCUCUUUUCUGGUAAUAUCAAAGAUGUCUUACCAAAUUAAUAAACUACCAAUAAAAUUCUCAUCCGUUUAGAACGAAGCCGACAAAAUUUCGAUAGAAAUCGGUCUUCUGAUGUCGUUCGCCUUCGUGCCGGUCUCAGCCGACGUCACCUUCUUCAAAGGCGAUAUCUUCCACAAGCUGCGGACGCGACAAUUCAAGAAGGACGUUAACAUCAUAUUUGGCAGUGUGAAGGUUUUUGACGUCUUCCUUUCUUUCUUGGAAUUGGAAUUUAGGACGAAGGAACAUAUUGGUUGCCUUACUACAUGGCGGCGCCGAAGUUCGGUUUCGCCUUCAAUCACACCAUCUCGGCUGAGGAUCCACACAACCGAGCUCUCAUCUCCAGGUUUUCAAGACCUUCCAGAUGACGUUACAAUUACGUGUUCAGGGAGCAAUACGGAGAGUCGAUGAAGGCGUUCAUGCCAUACUUUGCCGGAUCGCCAUUGGUCCAGAACUCGUUCAUGUACACCUACGAACACGUUUCCGACAGUUCAAAUGAAAGGUCAGACUUUUUUGGAGGCUUAUUACAAUAUCGAUUGUAGAGAGCGAUAUCGCGAUGGCGUCGCUCGAUUCCUCGGUGACAUGUUCUUUACCUGUUCUUUAAUCGAGUUCGCAGAUCUUCUUUCUGAGCACGUCUUCGGAAACGUUUACAUGUACUACUUCACUUAUCGGUACGCUUUUUUGAGAAAAAAAAAGUUUAUUGAUGAGUUACACAGUUUCGGUUUGCAGGUCCAGCGCAAACCCUUGGCCGAAAUGGAUGGGCGUGAUGCACGGCUACGAGAUCGAGUACGCGUUUGGACAACCAUUCUGGCGUCCUCACCUCUACGACCAGGUGUGUCUCAGCCUCAAGAUUCCGUAUUUAAUGAGUAUUUCUCAAUUUUUGUUUCAGAACGAAUUGGAAACGGAGAAGAAGCUAUCGUCGACAAUUAUGCGUCUUUGGGCCGAUUUUGCCAACUCCGGGUUUGUAAAGUUUGAAUUGAAGCUGGUCCACGGAUAAAAUUCUGAGCCAUAAUAACAACAAUAUAUAGUACUUGAGAAGAAAUUGUCGGUUUUUAGAGUAAAAAUAAACUUCAAGAAGUCAAAUUCAGUUUGAUGAAGAAUUUUUAUACAGAAAUCCAGAUGAGAAUAUUCCGCAGUUUUUGAAGUUCAAAUCCAAGAAAGAUUGUAAGAAAUAGGCUUCAAAAUUGUAUAAGGAGAGAUUGAAGGUUGAUUCUAAAAAGUUACUGAAUGUUUAUUCACUGUUCGUAGUCAAAUAUUAGCUUAUCACCCUUCAGGAGAUCCGAAAAAGUCGAAAACUUUCAUUAAAACCCAAGUUCGAAGUCCAAGAAAAACUUAAAAAUACGAAUUAACCUUUCUUCCUAACUUCCAGACAAAUGGGAUCGUUCUGGCCCAGGUACAACAAAAUCGAGAGGAAAGCCCUGGUUCUUGAUGAAUCGAUAGUCUACGAGAAACAUCGAACUCUUGUCGACGUCCACGGCCCUUAUUGUCGACUGAUCGACGAGGCCAAAGCUUUCGCUGCCCAUCGUGAGUUUUUGGGAAAAGAUACAGAAUUUUUUGAAAAUAUUUCUGCCGAAUAAAAAAAAUUAUUCAGCUCUAAAUAAAAGCUUCAAGCCUAUAAUGUCCAAAAAGAUCAGCAGCAGGCCUGAGUAGACUUUUUUUGACGGCACUCGAAGUAUAAAAAAACAAUAUUAUUCUCAAAGUUUUCUAACAAGUGGAGAAAACACUUCGAAAAGUCCACGAAUAGAAAAUUACAAUGACCAGGCUUAUGAUAGGUCAAAAUUUGCUUUAAAUUUCCUCCCAGAACCUUCGCGCAUGCGCAAGAAAAAAAAAUUGAGCAACCUGUUACGUUUCGAACCCCGGCUACAAUACCGACAUAUUGAUACAUCGCGAAAAUCUAAAAAAUACUCGAAAAGACCUUAUUAUUCAAAAUGUAGGGAGCGAGAGAGUAGUGGCGCCUUAAAGAGACGUCAGAAAUGAAAGCUUCUCUGGCGUUCCUUCAGGCCGGUGUUGAUCUCUGUUUUCUAUGUUUUUCGGCUCAAAAUGACCACAAGAAGGGAUUCUGUAGCGAGUAUCCUACAUUUCCCAAGUCCAGCUUAUUUGAACCAAAUUAUAAAGGAAACUAAUUUCAGCCAAUGACUGCCGAAGCCGGAGAACAGAGCCCGAGCCGAUCGUCGCCUCGAUAGCCAACUCUAAACCUUCCUUCGCCUUGUUCGCUCUUCUAUUCAUCUCAUCUUUUCUUCUACCGAUUCUUAACCGAGUAUAA